CUAACAUGAAAUGGACUGUGACACCAGUCAAAUAUCUCGGAGUGCCCUUAGAACACUACCGCGAUACCACCCAAUACUGGAACGAAGAAACCAAACGUGUUAAAGAACAAACUGAUAAAUGGGGUGGGCGCGAUUUCUCCGUUUUCGCGCGCGCUACAGUUUGCAACGUGUUUUUAGUCGCAAAAGUGUGGUAUGUUCUUCAAGUGCUAUGUAUGUCUCGUGCCAACGUGCAAAAGUUACACAGAGUCUUCACAGUGUUCGUGUGGCGUUCAACAUGGGAAAGAACAAGUAGAACAAAUUUAUUUCGAUCAGUCCGUAGCGGAGGACUAAGUUUAGUGCAUUUAUUUCUCAAGCAAGUUGUAUCAAGGUUUAUUUUUUUGCGCGACCAAAAGAACGGAUUUCUGCGAACAAUUUUGCAAUUACGAUUGAGUGACGUAAUUCCUGAAUUUAUUGUAUCGAGUACCAGAAAAGAAAUAUGUGUUCUCGGCUUUCUUCGUGAGGUUGUUAUGUCGUUUAGAAUGCUAAAAGUUAGAUUUUCAAUGGCGUAUCUUAGUAAUGUGUCAAAAAAGCGUUUAUACAAAGAUGUUAUUGACAUUAUGUUACCAGUGCCUCUAUAUCGUGCCAUGUACUGUGUGGGCUCCGAACGUGACGUGUUGAAACGUGUUAAAAGAAUGACAGUCCGAUCCUCAGUUAAAACAUUUUUCUUUCAGCUUCACACCAACACUCUUCCAGUAAAACCAUGGUUGAAAGAGAAAGGACUGUUUGUACCAUGGUCAGUUAACUGUCUCAUCUGCUCAAAGCCUGAGACAAUCGAACACAUUUUCUUAGAUUGCUGGGAUGCAAUAUUCCACUGGGAUGUCUUGCAGAGGACACUGAAAAAAGAACUCCCUAUAUCACCCUACGGUAUCCGCUUUCUCCCGGUUGAAAAUGAAAAUGGCGUGCCCUAUGACAUGAUCAUGACUCUGAGCCUACACAGCAUUUGGAAAACACGAAUGGCCAUACGAAAUGCUGAUGUGGACGCCAAACCAGCCAGACAGUAUUUUAUUGAAAGUGUCUCUCAAAUAAGAGAUGUGUAUAAAUUGCAGGUUGAGCCACCAGACUGGUUACCUGUGUUAGAUACACUGGUAACCUUAAAGCGUUUUUAAUACAUGCACUAACACAAGGACACGUAAUGCUCAUUAUAACACUGUUUUUUCUCUCCAAAGUAAGGUGAAUGCUUUG